CGCUAGCUGGGGAGCGCGCAGAGCCGCAGCUGGACAGGAGCUCGCUGGCCGGCGGCGCCAUGAGCCGCAGCUUGGACGCGGCGCGGAGCUUCCUGGAGCAGCUGGAGGCGCGAGGCGGACGGGAGGGGGCGGUCCUUGCCAGCGAGUUCAGCUGUAAUACACAUUGAGUGUACAGAAGGUAAAUGCUGAGAAGUCUGAGUUCUACACUCCUGGAUGGGACUUUCAGCAAGUCACUCAACCAUGUGAUGCCUCGGCUUUCUCGCCUGCACAAUGGGAACGUCAAUAAGAGUACCCGCUUUGGAGGACAUCCGGGCCCGCUCAGCCGCCUGGAAGACCGACAACGUGUGCACCACCGAGGCCGGUAAUCGGCCGGAGAACGUGAGGAAGAACCGCUACAAAGACGUGGUGCCUUACGAUCAGACACGAGUGAGCCUUUCCCUGCUCCAGGAAGAGGGCCACGGCGACUACAUCAACGGCAACUUCAUCAGGGGCACAGAUGGAAGGCAUGCCUACAUCGCCACACAAGGACCACUGCCUCACACCUUGCUGGACUUCUGGCGCCUGAUCUGGGAGUUUGGGGUCAAGGUGGUCCUGAUGGCCUGCCGGGAGACAGAGAACGGGAGGAAAAAGUGUGAGCGUUACUGGGCCCAAGAACAGGAACCACUGCAGAUUGGGCCUUUCUACAUCACACUGACAAGGGAGAUGUGGCUGAAUGCAGACAUCAUGCUCAGGACCCUCCAGGUCACCUUCCAGAAGGAAUCCCGCUGUGUGUACCAACUGCAAUAUAUGUCCUGGCCAGACAGAGGGGUCCCUAGCAAUCCCGACCACGUGCUUGCCAUGGUGGAGGAAGCCCGUCGCCUCCAGGAAUCUGGUCCCAGCCCCCUUUGUGUCCACUGCAGCGCCGGCUGUGGGCGAACAGGUGUCCUGUGCACCGUGGAUUAUGUGAGACAGUUGCUCCUGACCCAGAUGAUCCCACCUAACUUCAGCCUCUUCAAUGUGGUCCUCGAGAUUCGGAGGCAGCGGCCUUCAGCGGUACAGACUGAGGAGCAGUACAGGUUCCUGUACCACACGGUGGCUCAGAUGUUCCUCUCAGCGCUCCAAAAUGCCAGCCCUCACUACCAGAACCUCAAGGAGAACUGUGCCCCGCUCUACGACGACGCCCUCUCCGUCCGGACGUCCCAGGCCCUCGCUGCCAUAGCCCGCCCGUCCGGCGGCGUCCUCAGGAGCAUCUCGGUGCCCGGGCCCCCGGCCCUCGCCAUGAACGACACAUACGCGGUGGUGCAGAAGCGCCCGGCCCCCGCGGGUACCGGGGAGACGGCGGGCGCGCGGGCGCGCAGCGCGUUGGAGGCGCCGGUCUACAGCCAGGUGAUGCCGCGCGCCCGGCGCCUACGAGGACGUGGUGGACGGAGCCCAGAGCGGUGGGCUAGCUAUUCCAGGGUUUGUGGUAAAGAUGCCUGCAAAUACAAAAACUCUUCAAUUUCAACUUCCUUGGAAUUGAUCUGCAAUGUAUCCAUGAGAGAAGGAGCCUUUUAUACCAGACGUGUCAGUGGGAAAAUGACCCGGAGGCACUCUGUUAGGCUUCUGUUUCUGAUCAGUUUGGCAUUAGAGAUGAUCCACGUGGGAAACAGUUAUCAAAGAGAGAAAUACAAACGCAGUAGAGAAGAAAUCAACCAUGCUCCAGCUCAGAAGCUCCAGCAGAAAACACUCAACUGGACCUUGAAUAAUUUUAGGGAGAUGAAUGACAGCGCAGACGGCUGGAGGCCGCGGGGUGCAUUUCCCCACUCCCCGGCUUUGCAGGAGCGUGCGCCCCCGCGGCCGCGCUGCUGCAGGAACGGCGGCACCUGCGUGCUGGGCAGCUUCUGCGUGUGCCCCGCCCACUUCACCGGUCGCUACUGCGAGCACGACCAGAGGCACAGCGAAUGCGGCGCCCUGGUGCACGGAGCCUGGACCUUCCGCGGCUGCCGCCUCUGCAGGUGCGUCUUUGCGGCCCUGCACUGCCUCCCACGCCAGACACCCGGCCGCUGCGACCUGAAAGACUUCCUGGCCUCCCACGCUAAUGCACUAAGCGCGUGGCGCACACGGAGUGUUCUCAUCCUCCUGCCCUGCCUCCUCCUGAAAUACAUCCUCAGCGAGGCGGGAGCCUGCUGACCCGACCUGCGACUCCGCUGCGGCGGGACCCUGCCCGGCCACCCAGCGAGCUGAGCCAGGUGGCGCCACGGGAAGGAGCGAGGGGGCUGCCCGGGCUUGGGCGGCCUCUUUGAUUUUCUAUGUUGGAAGUAACCGAUUUGUUUGAUUUCUUAUA